UUUCUUCGGGUCCAAACCUAUACCUAGCUUACCUUCCCACAUCUGAGCCUAGGAUCCGAACCUCAGUUUUGUUCCUCUGUUCGUUGAAAAUUUCGCACACAAUUUUCGAUCGCUUUAUCUCUCUCUCUCUGGCUCUGAGCUCAGAGAAGGCUCUUUUUCUAUAUAUCUUUCUACGUCUCUCGAUUCAAACCCUUAAUUAUUGAACAAAUUCAGAGUCUUAGAAGAUCGGUUUCAAGUUCAGACGGAGGCCGUCGGGCGAAACUUUUUGUUGUUUGCAGAAUUAGAUUUUGAAUGACUUGAGCAUGGUGAGUGGAGUGACACUUAAAUGAGAAUAGAGGAGGUAUUGAUUUUCCUGUCACAAAUUUUUUAGCUACUGAAAAUUUGUGUGGUGGAUUAUCUAUGCCUGGCAACGAAGUUGGAGAUAGGAUCCAUAAUUUCUUUGGCCAGGAGAACUUGUCUCAGGGCCAGCAUCACUCAGAGGUUGUUGACGGGGCCUGGCCUGCACUAGGUAACAAUCUGUGGGCUGGUAGUCAGAGACAGAUUGGCACACCUUUUAUUUCUAACUUAAAGAAUCACUCUGUACAGCAAUCAGCUGAUUCUGAGGGAGGACAUGGGGGACAGUCAUCAAGUAUGCAGCAUGGUGUGAAUUUUUCUCAAUCAAUUCUGAGGCCUGAGUUUGCUAGAAGACAAUCUCAAAACCAGCAACCAACAUUGAAUGGGUAUAUGCAUGGGAAUCAAGCUUUCCAGACAAGGCAGAAUGAUGCAAACUUUUUGGGAAUGGAUACAGAACCUGAUCGACAUAAUUUAAUGUCAAGAGGCUUUUCAAUUCUUGAUGCACCUUUAGGAAAUGCUCCUGAACUUCAGAAGAAAAAUUCAGCAAGGGUGGAUUUUAAUGAAUCUCCUGUUAAUUAUGAUUUUUUGGGAGGUAAACAGCAAAUGAGUAGUCAUCAUCCUGGCAUGUUGCAAUCUUUGCCAAGGCAGCAGUCGGGGAUUAGAGAUAUGCAGCUAAUACAACAAGAUGUCAUGCUCAAGCAAAUGCAAGAAAUUCAAAGGCAGCAACAGUAUCAGAAACAACAAUUGCAACAACAAGAAGUGAGGCAACUGAAUUCUGUAAAUCAGGUUUCCUCUUUUGCGAAACAGACAGCUGGCAGUCAUCCAUCGACUUUGCUCAAUGGCAUUCCUAUACAUGAUGCAUCUAAUUAUUCCUGGCAGCCUGAGCUUAUGCCAGGUAAUGCAAAUUGGCUACAGCGUGGUAUGUCUCCAGUGAUGCAAGGAUCAUCUGGCGGGCUAAUGUUUUCCCCUGAGCAUGGUCAGGCACAGCGCUUGACAGGAAUCAUUCCUCAGCAGGUUGAUCAAUCUCUUUAUGGUGUUCCUAUCUCUGGAACAAGAGUUGCUCCCAGCCAAUACUCUCCUGUCCAAAUGGAUGCGUCUACAAUACAGCAGAUAUCAGGCAGCAGUAAUUCCUUUUCAGGUAAUCAAUAUGCUGGGUUUCCAGACCAAGCUAGCAUGCUGGAUGGUACUUUGGCUUCUAGGCAGGCGUUAGGGACUGCUGAUAGCCAAGGCUUAGAUGGUGGAUUUAAUUUGGAAAACAUGCGGCAAGUAGAUCCCCAUCAAAGCAAUGGGCCUGGGCAGGAUUUUCAUAGGAGGCAAGAUCCAGGUGGCCCAUCCGAAACAUCACUGGAGAAAACAGCAAUGCAGGUUACUACUUCACAGAAUGUGGCUGCCCUAGACCCGACUGAGGAAAAGAUUUUGUUUGGUACAGAUGAUAAUUUAUGGGAAGCUUUUGGCAGAGGUACCAAUGUAGGAUCAGGAGGUUUUAAUAUGUUGGAUGGCACAGAUUUUCUCAGUGCAUUUCCUUCUGUUCAAAGUGGGAGUUGGAGUGCUCUUAUGCAGUCUGCUGUAGCAGAAACAUCAAGUGCUGAUACUGGGGUGCAAGAGGAGUGGAGAGGUCUGACUUUCCGUCAUAGUGAACCUUCAGGUGAGAAUCAACAGACCCCAACUGUGAAUGAUAGUGGCAAACGGCAAUCCACUGGAGUUGAUAACAGAUUGCAGGGUUCUAUGAAUGAUAGACCCUACAGUAUGUACGAUGGCACGAACUCAAGUAUCAACUGUAAUAAUAUGCCAGGGGUUAAGCAAUCUGGAGUGAAUACAUCACAUGAACAGAGUGAGAGGUUGCAUGGUGGUUCUUCUAAAAGAUAUGUUCAGCCGUUUUCUGGAGAGGAAAACAAAUGGUUGGAUUGCAAUCCUUUACAAAAGCCAGUUUCUGAAGGCAGUCAUAAUUAUGGAAAGGGUGCUGAGGCCUCAGAUGUAGAAUCAAAUGCAAAAAGCAUUUCAGAUUCUUGGACAAAUCAACAGAGCAUAUCCUCUUAUAGUAAUGGUAGCCAACCAGGCAUUAGACCAAAUGGUUGGAAGUUUAUUGAUUCUAUGCCGCUAGGCACAGGUAAUGUUUUGAAGAACCAGGGUAAUGAGAACACAUUGCAAACUUCUCAGAUGACUGAGCUCAAGAGUCCCAUGUUUGAGGUAAUGGGCUAUGGUGCUGGUACAUGGAAGACUGAUAGUGUUUCUAAUUCAAUUGUUGAAUUGGAGCGUUCAAAAUCCGCCACUGGAAGCCCACAAGUUAAUAGAGAAGAUUCUAACCUGAAUAAUGUUGCUGCAUUGCCUGAUUCAAGCACUGUAAGGGCUAACGAGGAAAACAGCCAGCAGCUUCCCAAUGGUAAUAAUAUUGAUAUCUGGAAAAAUAUUGGUUCUUCAGUCAACACUAAAGGACGUGAGUUUCCAGGAAAAUACCAGCCUCAUAUGGAUAAGAGUCAUCAAACUUUAACAGGAAACAAUAGUUUGGGCAAUGGUGCAAUUGAAACUCAUGAUUACCCUGAUACAAAAGAAAGCAAAACUGAUAGCUUUAUCACUGUAUCCCACCAUACUUCUACUAGUGGUGCCAGAGAAAAAACUUGGCUAGAUGCAAAUGAUUCACCUACUUUGUGUGGAGGAAAACUAAAGUCAUCUAUUCAUAUUGGCCGAAAGCCCUCAGGAGUCCGUAAAUUUCAGUAUCAUCCUAUGGGGGAUCUGGAUGCUGAUGUUGAACCUUCUUAUGGAACAAAACAUCUCAAACAUUCACAGUCCAUGCCAAUGCAGAUUUCUCAACGGUUUAAAGGUCAUGAUCAUGGGGGUAUUGGGCAAUCAAAAUUUCCUACUCAGAUAGCUAGAAAUUCUACGGAAAUUGACAAGCUUCAUUUUCCGGGUCAAGGAGAAACAAAAGGUUUAGAUGGGAUAAAUGUGAAAAACAUAGUUGCAGGUUCAGCACCUAGUACAUCUGCUUCCUUUGACAGAGCUGUGUACACAACAAGCAAGGCAACACCCUCAAGUCAAAAUAUGCUUGAGCUUCUUCAUAAGGUGGACCAAUCAAGGGAGUGUGGAAAUGCAACACACUUCGCCUCUUCUAACUGCAAUCAGUCUUCUGAGAUGCAUGAUGUAAAAAAUUCUGAUGGAUCUGUUCAACUCCAACAAAAUCAGACUUCCGCUUCUCAAGUUUUUGGUUUUCAACUUGUUCCCCCAUCUCAACCCUUGCCUAGUCAAGAGCAUGCCCUAUCUUCUCAGAGCCCCUCACAGAAAAAUAACUCCAUCAGUUCAACUUGUGUCACUUCUGAAGUAGGGGAGAAGGGUCAUAAAUGGUUGGCUUCCACAACCUCUGUUCAGGGCUUUCCUCUUUCUUGUGAAAUAUCUCAAGAAGAAUUGAGGAAUAAUAUUUGUGGUAUCUCAGGACAAAGUGGCAAGACUGCCCAGGGAAAUUUUUCUGCUGCUCUUUCCCCUGGAUUUCCUUAUUCAAGAAGUCAUAGUCAAAAUCAGCACAUGUACGAUAUGGGCGCACGAGCAACAAACAGUCAGUCUGUCAAUGCAUAUUUUGAUGGGUUUACAUCUCAGUCAAAACAGGUGACUGAAUCUUUUGAGAGAGCUCGAAGUGGUCAGUCAGCACUAGCUUCAUUGCCAGACGACUCUAGAAUUACUUCACAUAAUGAUGUUACUUCCUCUGGUGAGAUGCAUCAGUUCAGUAAUAACAACCAAAAUGGCGCAAAAGAUUCUGCCCAGCAAUUUCCUGUUUUGGAAGCUGUGCCAGCUCUUCAGGGUUCUAAUGUAUCUGGCAAAUCACAGGAGUAUGCGUCUGCAAGAACGUCGGCUCCUGUAUGGACCAACAUUUCAACACAGCAACGUUCAUUUGGUGUGCAGGCUUUUAAGGCUUCAUCCAAUAUGUUUAAGCCCAACAUUCAAUCUAAUAAUGAUGCAGAAGCAACUUCCUCUGUACCACAGAAGCUAGAAGGUCAUGCUGUGCAAAUGGUAAGGAAUGGUCCUUCUGAAUCUGGUGCAUGUUCCAUGAAUUCACUUGGUUUUGGCGGGAAAGAACAAGCAGUGAAAGGAUACCCAUGCCAGCAAGUUUCACCGGAUAAUGACCAUGCUCAGAAGACAACUUCUGUCUCAGAAGGGAAAGAAUCUGCUGCAAAUGGUCUUAUUGGCACUUCUCUUGCGAACCCUGCUAGUACCCAAAGAGAGAUUGAACCAUUUGGCCGAUCUUUAAGGCCCAAUAAUUUUUUUCAUGAGAAUUACUCCUUAAUGCAUCAAGUGCAGGGCACGAAAAAUGCAGAUGUGGAUCCAGACAAUAGGAGUAUGAAGAGAUUUAAAGGUCCUGAUGGUGCUGUGGAUGCUCAGCAAGUAGGCCCCCUGGAUGGACAGCAGUUAUAUGGUCACAAUAAUAUGGUCAGAGAUACAUCAACAAAUUGUGCUUCAAGUUCUGCUGGAGAUGCUAAGAUGCUAAGCAUUUUGGGAAGAAGGACAGAUGUUCGGGAUGCAAAUGCCCUUUUUCAGGAUACGCUUGGAUUUGGUCAAAAUGAUUCUCAAAAUUUUGCUAAUAGCAGUGCAGUUUCAGUGAGAACUGAACAUUCUCAGAUCAGUCCCCAGAUGGCCCCCUCCUGGUUUGAUCAGUAUGGUGCCUUUAAAAAUGGGCAGAUAUUACCAUUACAUGAUGCACGGAGAAAUGUCACCGUAAAGACUAUGGAACUUCCUUUCACUGUUGGAAGGCCUUCCAAUAGUUUGCAUGCUCAUGGUCCAGUGGAGCAAGAAAAUGUGAUUGCUGCUGAUGCUAGUCGGCAUAGUCUUCUCCAAAAGGGUUCAACCCCCUCACCACUCUCUUCCCCUCAGUUAAUGCAUCUUGAUACUGUUGAUGUGAGCUUGGCUGCUGUGAGACCAAAGAAGCGUAAAAGUGCUACGUCAGAACUUUUACCAUGGAAUAAACAAGUGGUGCAUGGCCUUCAAAGGCUUCAGAACAUCAGUUCGGCAGAACUGGAAUGGGCUCAUGCAGCAAACAGAUUGCCUGAGAAGGUGGAAGAUGAAACUGAAAUGGUAGAGGACAGACCACCAGGAUUUAGAUCAAAGAGAAGGCUUAUAUUGACAACACAGCUUAUGCAGCUGCUUUUUCACCCUUCGUUGGCAUCAGUUCUGUCUGCAGAUGCUAUGUCACAUUAUGAGAGUGUUGUACACUUGCUUGCUCGAUCAACCCUGGGAGAUGCCUGCAGCACACUCUCUUGUGGUGGAAGUGAAACUCCUGUGCCUUCCAGCAGUGGAAAUUCCCUGCCUGAGAAGCUAAAAACAUCUGAGAGAAUCAGCAAUCAAUACUUCUCAAGAGUUGUGGAAGACCUGAUCAGUAGAGCAAGGAAGCUAGAAAAUGAUAUCUUGAGAUUGGACAAGAGAACAUCUGUUCUAGACCUGAGAGUGGAAUGCCAAGAGCUAGAGAAGUAUUCUGUUAUCAAUCGUUUUGCCAAGUUCCAUGGACGGGGCCAAGCUGAUGGGGCUGAGACCUCAUCAUCCUCUGAUGCAACUCAGAAAUCCCGUCUCCAAAGAUAUGUUACUGCACUUCCAAUGCCUAGGAAUCUCCCUGACGGGGUACAAUGUUUUCCACUUUGAUCAUUAAUUAAUUGAUUUUUAUCUCUCUUGGGCAAUUAUCUCCACAUCCAUCAUACUUCUCUGAUUCAUUUGCUACCAACUCGUAUACUAGCACUUUCUUACUGUAGAACCACACAGAUGGGAAUGUAGGAGGCUUGGAUGCUAUAUUGUCUCCUUAAGAGCAAUGGAGGCUGUUAGAUGUUUUCAACUUAGGCCGUUGAUAUCAUAUUCAUUCUUGAGAGAUUAAUCUGGUCUUGUAUACUUAAUUGAAUGAUCAGAGGAAAUUGGGGUUCCCCACAAUGUUUUUUCAGUAAAUGGGGGACAACAGAUGGCAGUCUGUCUUAGCAAUGAUAUUCACACAUAGCUAAAAAUUUAUCAAGUGUGUUUCUUUGCUAGCAAGGCUUCCGAUAAUGGAUUUCUAUGUGUGAUAUAAGUGUUUUACCUUGUUUCCUCUUCUUUUCUGGAAAAAGAAAAAAAAAAACCAAAAAAAAAAGGAAAAGAAGAGGGAGUAGGGGGGGUGAGGGUGGAUUGGGAGAGGGGCAGCGAAUUUCCAGGCCCUUUAGUCUUGAAUUGCCGGCUUUAGUGCAAUAAUGUUGUUAUUUCACAUUUGGCCCCUAUAUUAUUUUGUACAAAUUGGCUGAGCUUUCACAAGUAUUCUUGGGAUUUCUUUAUCCUAGAAAUUGAGAAAAAUGUAAAGAUGCUGAAGUUGCCAAAAUACUGAGCAGUUCAAGAAGUUUCUAUAUUUGGUUUUCCAACAGCA